CAUCAGGGCGCGCCUUCGAUGACAAGGACCUCUAAAUGCACGUGAGUGUGUUGUUCGAAAGUUUAAGGAGAUGUACACUCUCUUCAGGCUUUUCUUCUUCAGUGGUUUAUAAUCUUUAUAAAGGAAAACCUCGCAUUGUCUCGUUGCAUGACAUUUUCUGGACACUGAAUCGUUCUCAGCGGUGCAGCUCGACAAUGGAGCAGGCAACCGUUACAGCUACACCCGCGGAGCUAAAUAGUCCUGUGUCCACGGAUGAAACUAACGAAAAAGAGACGACCCAAGCCGGCAAACGCAAAAGCGAGGAGACGGACGACCCUGAGUCAGGGCACAGAGGGAAAAGGCGGCGAGGUGCGGGAGGGAAGAAGCUCCGUCCGGGGGAGAGAUACGUCCCACCACCACAGAAGCGGAACCCGGGUGUCAGCUUCAACCAGGAACAUUUCGACGAGACUUCCUAUUACUUUGAAGGUGGUCUACGCAAAGUUCGACCGUACUUCUUUGACUUCACAACCUACUGCAAAGGUCGGUGGGUUGGAAAAAGUCUGAAGGAGGUGUUUGAUAAGGAGUUCAGAGUGGAGUCCAUUGAGUUUUACCAGCAGGCCUGCAAAGAGGGACGCAUCCGGCUGAACGAGACUCCUGUGAAGGACCUGUCUGUGGUGCUGAGGAAUAAUGACUUUAUAAAGAACACAGUGCAUCGUCAUGAGCCACCCGUGGUAGGUACAUCUGUGGAGGUUCUGGUGGACGACGGUGAGGUGCUUGUGGUCGACAAGCCUGCCUCUAUCCCCGUCCACCCUUGUGGCCGUUUCCGUCACAACACAGUGAUUUUCAUCCUUGGAAAAGAGCAGGGCAUCUCUGAGCUCCACACUGUCCACAGGCUUGACAGGCUCACCUCUGGGGUGCUACUGUUUGCCAGGACCCUUGAGGUGUCUAAGAGACUGGACCAGCUGGUGAGAGACAGACAGCUUGAAAAGGAGUAUGUGUGUCGAGUAGAAGGGGAGUUUCCAGAAGGUGAGCUGGUCUGUGAAGAGCCCAUCCUAGUUGUCUCCUUUAAAAUCGGCGUCUGUCGUGUAGACCCAAAAGGUAAAGAGUGCAGAACAGUCUUCCAAAGGCUUAGCUACAACGGGAAAACCAGUGUGGUACGCUGUUUACCCCUGACUGGACGCACACAUCAAAUCAGGGUCCACCUCCAGUACCUUGGCUUCCCUAUCCUUAAUGAUCCCAUCUAUGGCUCUUCAGCCUGGGGUCCUCACAAAGGCAAGGGGGGACUGAUGGGAAAGAGUAAUGAACAGCUGCUUCAAGCUCUGAUUGAGGAGCAUCGCUCUCAGGAGAGUCUUCACCUCUUGGACAUUCCAGACGAUGGGAUCGGGAUUAAACAAGAGGCUGGGAAAUCAUCUGAGAGCAAAGAGGAAAUGGAUAAAAACUCUGAGCCCGGGAAGAGCGAGGGAAGUCCUCAGGUAGUGAUCGACAGCAGUGAAACAGUUGCUGACACGAGACAGGACUUAAACACUAAGACGACCUCACUUGAACCUCUAUCGACAAAUUCAAAGGGAAAUCAGACGGAAGCAGCAGAGUCGACUCAUGAAGUUCCUUCAGGGACCAGAGACCCCCUGUGCAAUGAAUGCAAGCUAGUUCGAGCAGAUCCUACAGAGAAGGAACUCAUCAUGUACCUCCACGCGUUGCGCUACAAAGGGCCUGAUUUUGAAUAUUCGACACGGUUACCUGACUGGGCAAAAGAGGACUGGGCUGGAGCUGAGUAGAGCUGACAUGCAAACGUUUUAAUUUAGCUGUCAUCAAUCUGUUUGAUUUUUUAGUUACUUUAUUGAAGAGGUUAAAAAUGCUUUUUGGUUUACAAACAGAAUAAAGCAUUUGAAAUUUGUCCUCCUUUGGCUGCCUAAAAGAAAAAUGAACCGUACUGAUUCUAAUUCCAAAAGUGGCCUUUAAUUUGAAACCAACCUUUUGAUCUGCUGCUUCAGCCUUGAUUUGAAAUAAAUAAAAAGCCAGGCUUCAGGAAAAAUGUUUCUUUUAUUCCUGUUUUUUUUUAUAUCAAAGUUGACAUCUGUAAAUAAUGAUGAUGAUGAAGACCUUUGAUGUUCUCCGUACAAAGCCUGUGUUGUUGGUUUAUUUUGUCUCUAAGGCAGGUUCAUUCUGCUGUGAUUUGAACUGAAGGACCUUUAGAGGAUUGUGAUUGUACAGACAGGAAGUCAAACACUUCUUAUAAAAAGAACACUGCCCAUAGGCACAUUUGACACAAGUCUGUUCUUGUCCAGGUCUGGAUCACACUUACCUCCUUUUAUAUAUAUGCCUACUGUCAUACUAAGAUCCAUUCAAGCACACCAUUUAUCUUAAAGAACACACCCUCUGCACAAAAACACAUUUUCAGUUGUUUCAUUAUGUCAAACUCUGUUAAAAGACAUUUGGCACAUGCUGUUCAUGUCAUAAAUACACCUAUCAGAAUGAGAAAGGGACACAAUCAGCAGACAUUGCGCUUCGGCCGUGGGAUAGGGUGUACAUGAUGUCUUUUUGCUCCUUGAGUUUUUUUUAACAGUGCUGCAGCAGGUUCUAUGUACAAAUCAUAAGCUGUUCAGGCAGUGGUGUGUGGUGGUUUUACUGCUAAGAAAGUAGUGGAAAAAGCUUUCUUCCUCUAAGGCAUACAGAAGAUUUUGAUGUAUGCACCUGAAUUUGCCAGCAUCUGCAUAUAAACCCACAUUUUACAUUAUAUCCAUACAAUAGUAGAUAUUUUUUUACAUGAAUAAAACGUUUGGCACUGAAGCUGGAAUAAACUUUCAAUUUGACAGGAAAACACUGAAUGAGCUAUGACACUACAAAUGACACAUUACCCCUUGGGUUUCUUUUUUUCUUCAUGGUUACAAAGGAUGACUGUACAUAUUGCAACACAGUGCAAUUCCUUCUGACUUUUGAUGAAUGGCAGUUUUUUUUGCUACUGAAUGAAGCUUUUCCUUAUUUCUCAUUUGUGUAUUUUUAAUUGAUGUAAUAUGUAUGGCUCGUUAAGGUCAUUUCCAGCAUGAAGGAAGGCCAGUUGUUGCACACAGGUAGCACUGUCUUAGUAGUAACCCAGGCUUUGUUGGUGUUAUAAAGUUCCAGGCACAAAGAAAACUCUGCAGUACUUGAUGAGUUUUUGUUGACAGCAUGAAGCCAUGUCUUCAAGUGAGAUUGUUGCAAAGAAAAGAAAGCCUUUCUUAUUUCUUUUCUUUAGUCCAUAAAUGAUCACUUCAUGCUUUGAUUUGACCGUUUACUGAAGACACACUCAUGCUAUGACCUCUUUGAAUUAAAAUACAUUUUUAAAGAAACCCAACUUGACCAGACAAGUUCAUCUUAUCGGAUAAUAUUUGUAUCUUUUGAAUGUAUAUUUAACAAAAAACUCACUAGAUAUCUGCAUUUUGAGAAAAUUUGAACUUAUAAACUGUAAAUGGGACAGCUUUCUAGGGCCCAGCCAAAUUGGGGGGGUCCAUGGAAGUCAGGAAAAUAAUGGUCAAUUGUAAACUAAUACUGUAAUAACCAUAUUUUAUUUUCAACCUGAAUAAAAACCACUCUUAUCAAAGCAACAAAAAAUUAACUUCAUUUUUGCUGAAGUACAUUAUAGCCUUUUUUUUCUUUUCUUUUUUUACACACAUAAACCCCCUUUCUUAAACCUAAACUGACAAAGGAGGGUUCCCACUUGACAACCCCUGCGAAGUGCAGGUUUCUUACUA